AUGGGCGAGAGCAGCCCAGCCGCGGGGAAGAAGCUCAGCGCGCGUUGCUCGGGCAGAAAAGCCACCUGGCGUCCAUGGACUCGAGGCCGCUACCAAAAGAGGCCGCCGAGGGUCGCUCUUUCGGCCGCUGCUCCCAGCGAGGGAGAAAAGCGAUCGCAGAGCCCCAACGCCGCCUCGGCCGGCUUGCAAGAGCGCGCUCCUUCGCCUCCAAGCCCCGUCUGGCGAGAGCUCCGAGUAGGCAGCGGCGGCGGCUCCGGCAGUUCCCCGGGCCCGCGCCAGAAGAGGUGGAGACUCCCCCAGCCGCGCACACGCCCCACGCGCGCGGGGAGCCGCCGUCUCCAAACUUCUCCUCUCUCCCCCCCCACACAAACCCCCCCACGCCAGCAGGCGGAGGAGGGGAAAGUGUCCCGCCGGAUUUCCCGCGCGCUCAAACACGAAAGGCGGGAUGCGGUCCGCCAGGUCUUGAUCUGAAUUUUUCCCUGUUCAUGGCUGGAAUGCAAUCACCUAUCAGAAGUUUUGGAUUUUGCAACCUUUAAUCCGUGACAAUCCUUCCAGAAACUUGUAAGAAUUGGAAUCCAAAAACAUCUGGAAAAUACUGAAUUGCCCACCUUGGACUGUCUGUUUCGUGAGACACAACAUUUCAGUGUUUCUCCAGCUGCUAAAUACCUAGUGUCACAUCUUUAAAGGUCAAGCCUCACAUAAUGUUCUUUUCACAGACAUUCCAAGAGGUCAAAAAAUAGAGUUGGAGUGGAUCCUGAUCGAUCUUGAUUAUAUCUCUCUUCAAAAUAUUCAGAGGUGGGCUAUCUUUGAUCUCAAAACACCUUUUCCUAGUGCCAUCUCAAUGAUUUGAGGAUGUAACAUUCCAGAAUUGUCUUUAAAUUAGCCUAAGGGUUUCUAUUUCAUUAUCAAAACCAUUAACUAAUAUAGAAAAGAGAAUCACAAAAGUGCACACUAAUUAAAGACUAAUAAGAAUAUGCUGCAUUGUAGAAAGGAUUCUAUUUUAUUUAUCAUCUCCUAGAUGAUGGGUGGUUGACAUGAUAGUACUCAACAAUUAAAGUGUGCCAAAAAAUAGAAUCGAAAUAAACACGAUAUUAACUAUGAAAUUGAUUGAAAAUUAGAAAAUCAGACCAGCUAAAGAAUUCAUAAACUCCAAUGGAAAAAAAUGAUGGCCUUUAUACCUUUAAAUCUUAGGAAACAGAUUGUUCUCAAAAGUUGGGGCAACCGCUAAAUAAUCCUGGCUUCUUGGAUUUGCAAAGAAGAAGAAUAGUUUGGUUAUGAAUUUGCUAAUUGUUUUCUAAAACAAGGUAAGAGACUAGAUCAGUGUUUUUCAACCUCAGCAAGUUUUAAGUUUUAUGGACCGCAACUCCCAGAAUUCCCCAUCUAGACAUCACUAAACUUGGCCUUUAGUUCCCUCUACAGCAGUGAAAAUGUUGGACUUUGAAGUUGUAGUUGUUCUUCCUUGCAAGACCCCCUACUCAUAAAAUGAAUGGCUGGAUUGUCUAUAUUGUCUAGCAAGGCAGUGAUCCUUGUCAGAUCAACGUCCUUUGAUCUGGAACGGCAUUGACGGUUGAAAGGUCCCAAAUGAAGCAUCUAACACGCUCUCGGUAUUUUUCUUUUCCACUUGUACACUCCCUCAUGCUAGGUCAUCCGUGUGCAUCUUCUUCCACAGAGCUAUGCAUAUCUACAUGCGCUAACAUCUGCAUUUGCUCAACAGUUCCAGGCCAACACCCACCCAGGUACCUCCAGCUCCUGGCUGCAGAGGAGAAGCUUCUGUUUUUCUCUCACUGACAAGACUUCUAAGGCAUUCCUGCUCCCUCCCCCCCCCCCACAGCCUCCCCAGCUUUUCAAACCCUUUCCCUUCCCUGAAGUGACCCACAGAGAUGGGACUGUGCCAAAAGCAGUAUGUGGUCCAAUUAAUAAGCUCUUGAGCAACUUCAGCCGGACAAAUAGAAAAGCAGAGAGAGAGAAAAAAAGGAAGGAGAUUUGUGUUUACUCUCCUUCCCAAGAUCUCCCCCUAGAAUUAAAAGGCUACAAUCAGCUAAUUUUGUGGUUGCUAGUUCAGUUACUCGUAUAUCCUUCCUAUGUGUUGCUUUCUAGGUUCAUUUGUCCAUUCCACGGUAAUCUCUAAAUAAAAAAAAACCCUUAGCAUUUCCUCUUACAAAUUUCUAAGACUGUAUUAUUGUUAUAUUUAUUAACACUAUAUAUACAUUUUAAUCUCAAAACUAUCUUUAUCAUAGUGUCUCUCCGGCCUUCCCUGGCUAUCUCUAAAUAUUCCUGGGCAAUGUGUCCUAGGGCUUUUAACUUGUUCCUCUGCAUUAAUACAUAAUUUGAUUAAGUUCUUUGGGCCUUCUAAGUUUUUACACCACAUCUUUAAUAAUGCCUAAAACUCUUGAAGGUUAUCUCCUUUGUAGUAACUCAAAAGAGCUAAAUUUUGUUAAUGUCUGGGGAAUUAUCCUGUAGGGAAACAAUAGAAAAGGCAGCCACAAAUCCCAGUGUUUGGAGUCUUGGCCUGCAUAUUUCUUGAUAUUUCUGGUUCGCCCUUUCCAUAAGAAUAAUUGUCUGUGGAUAAGGACUUGAGAAACCUAUCCUGAGAAGAGGGUUAAGCUGGGAGACAAUGACCUACCGACUUUGCAAACUGACCAGAGACUGCUGUAAAAAAAAUAUAUGGGCCAGUAUAUAAGUCUAAGUGCUUCCCCGAAAAUAAGACCAGAUCUUAUAUUAUUUUUUGCUCCAAAAGGGCUUAUUUUCUGGUUAAGUCUUAUUUUUGGGGAAAUAUGGUACUAAAUGCACCCAUCUGGCUGACAAUCUUAACUGGGACUUAUUUUGGGGGUAGGACAGAAGUGGGUUUCAGCAGGUUCUGGCCAGUUCUGGAGAACCAGUAGCGGAAAUUUUGAGUAGUUCAGAGAACUAGUAAAUUCCACCUCUGACUGGCCCUGCCCCAUCUAUUCUCUGCCUCCCAAGUCCCAGCUGAUCGGGAGGAAAUGGGGAUUUUGCAGUAACCUUGCCCUGGAGUGGGGAGGGAAUGGAGAUUUUACAGUAUCCUUCCCCUGCCACGCCCACCAAGCCACGCCCACAGAACCGAUAGUAAAAACUUUUGAAACCCACCACUGGGGUAGGGCUUAUAUUAGGAGCAUCCUGAAUGCUAGGACUUAUUUUCCGGUUAGGUCUUAUUUUUGGGGUUGUAUCCUGCCUUUAUUAUUUUUACAAAUAACUCAAGGUGGCGAACAUAUUCAACAAAUUUUCUUCCUAUUUCCCCCAGCAACAAUGCUGUGUCUGUAAGCAACUAUAACAUGGAACUGAAUUUUCCUAGGAAAUUACAGGUAGUCCUCGACUUAUGAGCACAGCUGAGCUGCAAAUUUCUUGUAAUUAAGUGAGUUUUGCCCCAUUUUAUGACUUUUCUUCCCACAGUUGUUAAGUGAAUCACUGAAUUUGAUAAGUUUGUAACCCAGUUGUUGAGUGAAUCUGGCUUCCCCAUUGACUUUGUAUGUCAGAAGGUCACUAAAGGAGAUUGUAUGACCCCAGGACAUUGCAACCGUCAUAAAAAUGAACCAGUUGCUAAAAAUAUGACUAUACAGCAAAAAAUAGAAUUAAAGAGAAUAAUGGGAUUCGAAAUAGUAAAAAAGGUUAAAUACUUAGGAGUGUAUAUUGCAGCUUCAAAUGUGAAGUUAAAUAAAAAUAAUUAUGAAACUUUAUGGCAAAAAGUACAGAAGGAAAUGGAGAAUUGGAAAAAGUUGCAGUUAUCUUUAUUGGGAAGAAUAGCAGUAAGUAAAAUGAAUGUUUUGCCCAGUUUUUUUUUUUAAUUUCAAAUGAUACCAAUACUUAAAAAAGAUGCAAACUUGAAAGAAUGGCAGAAUGGAAUUAAUAAAUUUAUAUGGGUUGGUAAAAGACCGAGAAUAAAAUUGAAAAUAAUACAGGAUACACGUGAAAGAGGGGGUCUUAAAAUGCCUAAUUUAAGAUUAUAUUAUGAAGUAGUUGCCCUAUCACUAAUUAGUGAUUGGUUUAAUUUAACAGAGGAAGGAAUAUUGAAUAUAGAGGGUUAUGAUUUGUUAUAUGGAUGGCAUGCUUACUUAUUGUAUGACAAAAAAGUGGAUAAAGUUUUUAAAGCUCAUAUACUUAGAAAUGCUUUGUUGAGGGUUUGGAAAAAGUAUCAAUAUAAGUUAAACUACAAAAUACCUAUAUGGGCAAGUCCCGGGCAUGCAAUAGAGAACAUAAGUACAGAACAAAAACAGGAGGUGAUUACUUACAAAGAGCUUCUUUCUAUGGAGAAGAGUAAAUUACAAUUGAAAUCUUUAAACAUAAUGAAAGAAGAAAGGAUAAUUCAUACUUGGUUUCAGUUUGGACAGCUGCAAGCUAGAUGGAAAGAGGAUCAGAAAAUUGGUAUUAUGCAAAACGAGGAAAAUUUGGUAAAACAGAUUAGAGAUCAAAGUCAAUCGCAUAUUAAAAGGUUGUAUAAUGCAUUGUUAGAAAUAGACUCAGAAAUGGAACUAGUUAAGGACUGUAUGAUAAAAUGGGCACAAAAUAUACAGGAACCUAUAAUGAUGGAAACUUGGGAGAAAAUUUGGGUUAGAAAUGUUAAAUUUACACAAGCACAAAAUUUAAGAGAAAAUUUUUACAAAAUGUUUUAUAGAUGGCAUUUAGACCUGAAAAAAUGAGCCUGUAUGUAUCCGAAUUUACAAGCUAAAUGUUGGAGAUGUGAUUGUGACGAUGAUACUUAUUAUCAUACAUGGUGGACUUGUAAAAAAAUCAAACCAUUUUGGAUAAGAAUUUGGUGGGUCAUGCAAAAUAUUCUGAAAAAGAAGAUAAAGUUUAAUCCACAAUUGUUUUUAUUGGGUAUAAUCUCAGAUUGUAUGAUAAUAGAGAGUAAAUUGAUUUUAAAUUUAAUAUCAGCAGCCAGACUAUUGGUAGCGCAAUAUUGGAAGAAGGAACAUUUGCGUACGAUUGAAGAAUGGAUAUUAAAAGUUGCAAACUUAGCGGAGAUGGCAAAAAUUUCAGCAUACUUGAAAGACUGUUCACAAGAAAGAUACAUAGUGGAAUGGAGAAGAUGGAUUGACUACAUUCAAAAUAAAUACCAGACAAAGAAAUAUCAAAUAGCUUUUGAAUGAACAGAUUGCAAGAAUUAUAUUUAUAUUUCUCUGUAUGUAAAAGGAGAGUUAAGGUCCUAGGGGAGGAUGAGAGUUUAUGGAUAGUUAGCAUAUGUUUAAGCUUAUGAUUAUUAGAUGUUUGUUAUACCCUGUAUUUUGCUCUGGGA